AUGGUACAGUUGCAUGUUGGGGAAGAAAUGCAGUUUAGCACCAUUGAAAGAGGAACUUCGAAUCCAGGGGGUUCCCAAAGUUACGCAUACGGAAUUCUGCCAAGGACGCACCAUGAGAUGGGCACUGGCGUGGAGUUUCUAUGAAGAUGUGCAAGUACCUUCACCUCCUUCUAAAAAAAGAAAAUUGGAGAAACCCCGAAAACCAAUUACGUUUACGGUCCUGGCUUCUACAGUGGAAGAGUUAGCCACCAAAGCUGCAGCUCUGGGCUGGGAUGCUGUAGAAGCUAUUGCUGUGGUUAGAGCCUGGGUGGAGAAGAUUCUCACUGAUCUGAAGGUUCAGCAUAAGCGUGUUCCCUGUGGGAAGGAUGAAGUGAGCCUGUUUGUGACUGCCAUUGAAAACUCCUGGAUUCAUUUGAGGAGAAAGAAACGAGAGACAAUAAGGCAAUUACGAGAGCUUCCCCGAGCUUCUGAAGGUCCUCUGCAAGCAAUGGAAGAGAAAAAACCAGUGAAGAGCGUGAGUCACAAUUCGGACUGUGAAAACCCCAAGGCUGACGACUCUGAGACAGGGUUUCUGGCACCUGAUGGGGAUGUCUGCUUGGCCGCAGGUGACGAGCUAAUGGAAGCAUCGGCUACCAAAGAAGAGCACAGCAAGCACGUGAAGGAGGAGGAGACAGAAGCAAAGCAGGAAGAAGCAUCUCUUGGCAAAGGUUCCAGUAAUGCAAAGGAGGAACCUUGCCUUUCAGAGGAAGCUGGCAAAGUGGCAGUUGAAAAAGAACAGAGUCCCAAAGAAACCAGUAGAUGUUUUCUCUUCAAGUGUUUAGUGAAUGUGAAGAAAGAAGGGAAUGAUGUAUUAGUAGAAAUGCACUGGGUUGAAGGACAGAACAGGGACUUGAUGAACCAGCUGAGCACAUACGUACGGAACCAAAUUCUUCGACGGGUUGCUAGCUAG